UAAGGUAGAAGUGCGACGGCUGACAUAAGUAAAAAAGAAGAAGAAGAAGAAAGUUAUUUUUUCUGCAUUUAUCUGUGAAAAACUCGGUGCAUCGGACGAAAAACAUUAUUAAUUGUGAAAAUUGUGUGUCUAUGGUGUUGUGUGAAUUCCACAGAGUGCAUUUCCCAGAGGAAAAGUUUGAAAAUGUCGACGUGAUUGCAGGCGGGAGGGAGUGAAAGUUGAUCUCUCAGUGUGUGGAUUUUCCCCAAUUUCAGUGUCGCAGUUCCCCAAAAAUCGCCCAUAAAUCCCUCUGGACGCAAAUAUCUGGCCAGGAGGAGGAGGACUCUGGCCACGUGACUAGAGGAUGCACAUAGGGCCCUGAAGUGCCUGGGUGGAAAGACAGUUGAGAGGAGAGUGUGACAAAAGAAGCUAAAGACGGAAAAUGUCUUCGGGCACGUUUAGUGGUAGCCCGCAGGCGACAGUGGUGAAGGAGGGAUGGCUCUAUAAGCGUGGAGAACACAUUAAGAAUUGGCGAUCACGGUAUUUUGUUCUGAGAGACGAUGGUACUCUCAUGGGCUAUAAAUCCCGGCCGGACACUUCAGCCCCAGCUGAGCGUCUCAAUAACUUCACAGUUAAAGAUUGCCAAAUAAUGUCGAUGGACCGACCAAAGCCCUACACAUUUAUCAUCCGUGGCCUCCAGCUCACUACUGUCAUAGAGCGGAUGUUCCAUGUGGAGACAGACAGGGAACGACAGGAAUGGGUGGAUGCCAUCAGGUAUGUGGCUAAUAGGUUGCGAGAACUCGGUGAUUCUGCCUCCACAGCCACCGAUAUGAUCGACGUGGAUAUGGCGUCGAUAGCUGAGGAUGAACUCUCGGAGAAAUUCUCUGUUCAGGGAACAUCCUCCGUGAAGGCUAGCGGCAAGAAAAAAGUCACACUGGAAAACUUUGAGUUCCUCAAAGUGCUGGGCAAAGGUACAUUUGGCAAGGUGAUUCUGUGUCGUGAGAAAGCUACAGCAAAACUGUAUGCGAUAAAAAUCUUGAAGAAGGAAGUGAUCAUUCAGAAGGAUGAAGUGGCGCACACAUUGACAGAAAACAGAGUCCUAAGGACAACAAAUCAUCCCUUUUUAAUUUCCCUCAAAUAUUCAUUUCAAACUGCCGACAGACUCUGCUUCGUGAUGCAGUACGUGAAUGGUGGCGAAUUGUUCUUUCAUUUGAGCAGAGAACGUGUCUUCUCCGAGGAUCGGACACGAUUUUAUGGUGCUGAAAUCAUUUCAGCUCUCGGGUACUUGCAUUCUCAGGGUAUCAUCUAUCGAGACUUAAAGUUGGAGAAUUUGCUCCUGGACAAAGAUGGGCACAUCAAAAUUGCUGAUUUUGGACUCUGUAAGGAGGACAUCACGUAUGGGAGGACGACAAAGACUUUCUGCGGAACACCAGAGUAUCUGGCACCAGAAGUGCUCGAGGACAAUGACUAUGGACGUGCGGUGGAUUGGUGGGGAACAGGAGUAGUGAUGUAUGAGAUGAUCUGCGGAAGGCUACCAUUCUACAAUCGCGAUCACGAUGUUCUGUUUGCACUGAUUCUCAUGGAAGAAGUGAGAUUUCCCAGGAAUAUAUCACAGGAGGCCAGGAGUCUCCUCACUGGCUUCCUCGUCAAGAUCCCAUCGCAGCGGCUGGGCGGUGGACCAGAUGACGUCAAGGAGAUUCAGGCUCAUCCCUUCUUUGCCAGCAUUAAUUGGACUGAUUUAGAACAGAAGAAAAUUCCUCCACCAUUCAAACCUCAAGUGACAAAUGACACAGACACAAGAUACUUUGACUCUGAGUUCACGGGAGAGAGCGUUGAAUUGACGCCUCCGGACGGUGCCGGACCACUUGGUUCCAUUCCCGAAGAACCUUUUCCACAGUUCACGUAUCAAGACAUGGCCUCAACUUUGGGCACUUCUUCUCACAUCAGCAGCUCAGCCAGUCUUACGUCGAUGCAGUGAAAAAAAAUCCAACGAUGGUGAGCUUUGCGUGCUUUCUCGUGGGCCGAAGUAGACCCCUGUGAGAGUUACCUUCGGAGGAAAAUGUUGAGCCGGACAGAGAGAUAAGGUAAACACAAAAAAAAUACUUUUUCAAAUACUACUUUACUUGUGAGCCGGAUAGUGGAGCAGGAUUUAAUUGAACAAGAGAGUGCCCAGGGAGCUUUAUUUUUUGCGUGAAGAAAGGAGGUUCAUCACUUGAUGCCCAUAAGAUGUGAUUCACCAGGGCGUAAACGCCCAAAAAAAAAAAUUGUUGAAGUUUCAAUUCUUUCGGAACCAUGGAAAGAGUGAGAAAAUUUUGUAAAAAAAAAAAAAAAAACAUAAGAAGGGCCUUCAAUGCGCAAAACAAUAGCCGUUUAAUUGUACAGUUUCUUUUUCUCUCAAAUUGACUUUGAGUUCUUAAAAUAUUUGUAUAAUUCAAGAAUUGGGGAGGGAGGGUGUCAAUUGGUGAACAUGAGGUCACACUUCCUGGGGCCACAAAGGGCAAGAAAAGGGCAAGAUGAAAAUUGAGGGAAAUUGUACCAUUUUUAGGCAUAAAAUUGGCAAAAGAAAACAAAAAUAUUUAAGAAAAACGUAACUUUAAGAUUUCCCAUUAAAAAAAAAACAAAAACAAAAAUCAUGCAAGGAAUUUAGCUUGUUUUCCUCAAAAGAAAAUUAUAUUGGUAUAAAAGAGAAAACAUUUUGCACUCUCAGCAUCUCGGUGUCUACAAAAUAAAGAAGGCACUCUGCAUGGUCGAGAAAGUAAAAGAGAGAAAAAAAAGAAGAAACCCCAAAAAAAAUUAACGAAAUAUAUUUUCUUUGUAUUGAGAAAA